GUCGUAGUUAAGUUCGGGGACUACGUGGUUUAAAUGAAACGUUUUUUCCUUUCAGGAAGACUACAAGUCCCACAGUGCUCCUGGCGGCACGGCCCCCCAGUGGGGCUAGAAGUGGAAAGUAAACAAUGUUGCUGCGAAUGUGGAUCUCUAACAAAGUUGGCUUAUUAUUCUACUGUUCAGCAUAAAGUAGCCAAAGUAAGGUCAUUUGAUCACACAGGAAAGGAUGCCGACCAUGAGCAGCUGUAUGAAAUAUCAGUGCAAGAAGAAAUCACAGCCCGACUUCACUUCAUUAAAUUUGAAAAUGCCUACAUAGAGAUUUGUCUAGACUUCAUCAAAGAUCAUUUAGUGAAUACAGAGACAAAGGUUAUCAAAGCAACAGGAGGUGGAGCAUAUAAAUUUAAAGACCUCAUUGAAAAGAAAUUAGGAUUAAAAGUGGAUAAGGAGGAUGAAAUGACCUGUCUCAUAAAGGGAUGCAAUUUUGUACUAAAGAACAUACCCCAUGAAGCUUUUGUUUAUGUGAAACACGCAGAUCCUGAGUUUCGAUUUCAGACCACUCACCCCAAUAUAUUUCCGUAUUUACUAGUAAACAUUGGCUCAGGUGUAUCAAUAGUUAAGGUAGAGGCAGAAGACAAAUUUGAACGUAUCGGAGGAAGUUCUAUAGGUGGAGGUACAUUUUGGGGGCUGGGUGCCCUGCUCACAAAGACAAAGAGGUUUGAUGAAUUGCUGCAGCUUGCUGCCAAGGGACACCAUACAAAUGUGGACAUGCUUGUAAAAGAUAUAUAUGGAGGGGCUUACCAAAUUUUAGGAUUGACUGGAAAUUUGAUUGCAAGCAGUUUUGGCAAGUCUGCCACUAUAGACAAAGAAUUCUCCAAAGAAGAUAUGGCAAAGAGUCUAUUGCAUAUGAUCAGCAAUGAUAUUGGUCAACUGGCCUGUCUGUAUGCCAAACAACACAAUCUCUCCCAGGUGUAUUUUGGAGGCUUCUUUAUUCGGGGUCACCCAGUGACAAUGCACACAAUCAGCUACAGUAUAAAUUUCUUCUCUAAGGGAGAGGUUCAGGCACUUUUUCUCAGGCAUGAAGGUUACCUUGGCACAAUAGGGGCAUUUCUGAAAGGAGCUGAACAAGACAAUCCCAAUAUGUACAGCUGGGGAGAGAACUACGCUGGCAGCUCUGGUCUCAUGAGCACUUCACCUGAUAUUUACCCUAUGCAGCGAACUCGAAGUGGCACUUUUGACAUGCUGGAAAUGGACCGUCUGGAACGACAACUCGUGAAUUUGCCUUUGCUGUCUGAUCCAUCAUCCUAUGUCCCUGAUACAGUAGAUUUAACAGAAGAUGCAAUGGCUCGGGAAUACUGGCUUUCAUGCUUUGAAGAAGCUUUGGAAGGUGUGGCUAAACGCGCUGUUGCCAGUCAACCUGAGGCAAAGGAUGCAACAGAUCGGGCACAAAAAUUUCAGCAAAAGUACUUUAAUAAAUUGCAAACCCUGAGACAUCAGCCCUUUGCUUAUGGAUCACUGACAGUUCGCAGUUUAUUAGACACAAGGGAGCAUUGUCUUAAUGAAUUCAAUUUCCCAGAUCCUUAUUCAAAGGUAAAGCAGAAAGAAAAUGACAUAGCGUUAAAAUAUUUUCAGAGAGUAAUCAAAUCAUUGGAUGCAUUGGGCUGGGAGGAGAAACAGUUUGCUCUGGUGAAAGGACUGCUAGCUGGCAAUGUCUUUGACUGGGGAGCAAAAGCAGUCUCAGAAGUCCUGGAAUCUAAUUCAGAGUUUGGAUUUGAGGAAGCAAAAGAAAAAUUGCAAGCACGUCCUUGGCUAGUAGACACAUACAAUGACUGGAUUGCGCGAUUAAGGGGUUCACCUCAUAAAUGUGCCUUAAUAUUUGUGGAUAACAGUGGUAUAGAUAUCAUUCUGGGAAUCUUCCCCUUUGUUAGGGAGCUGCUUGCCAGAGGAACCGAGGUGAUUUUGGCCUGUAAUUCCGGCCCUGCCCUAAAUGAUGUAACCUACAAUGAAUCUCUGAUUGUAACAGAAUGCAUUGCAGCUAUGGAUACUACAAUACAGUCUGCUUUGCAGGAUGAGAGGUUAAUAUUAGUACAAACAGGCUCCAGUUCCCCAUGUUUAGACCUAAGUCGACUUGACAAAGGACUCGCUACACUUGUUAAGGAACGAAACACUGAUCUGGUAAUCAUAGAAGGCAUGGGCCGAGCCAUUCAUACAAACUACUAUGCCAGCUUCCAGUGUGAAAGCUUGAAAUUAGCUGUAAUCAAGAACUCUUGGCUAGCUGAAAGACUGCAGGGCAAGAUCUUCAGUGUGGUUUUUAAAUAUGAAACUCCUUCCAAGUGAGAUCCUGCCUGGCUGGCACAAACCCAUUCCUCAGCACUAGUUUUAUUCAUCAUUUGUAAAGAAUGUAUUUUUAUUACAUGGGGGUGGGAUGUUUAAAAUUGCUGUAUUUAUUUUGUGCUUCUGUGCUGAGAAAAAAAGGCUUCGUUAUAAAUAUAUAAAUACAUUUAAAUUAUAUAUGUAUAAACAAUAUUUUUUGCAAUAUCUCAUUUCUUUUUAUAUUUCUAUAUAAUUGUUUUCCGGAAUAUGGUAAUGUUUAUAAUUCUGACUAUUUCUCUAAAAUGAUAAGAAAAGUAAAGUAAGAAAAGAAGCACAAGGCAAUCCUAAGUAUAAGAGCUUGCUCAAAUCAGGUGUCGGGUAAAGGGUAAAGUUUGGAACAUUUCCAUGUUUUACAAAAUAAAAGAAGAGUGGCACCCUAGACACACGUACCAGGGAGAGCUGCUGGCAGUGUUACCUUAUUGACACUAACAAGACACAAUCACAGCAGCCUCUUUGGGUCUAAAGGGAUGGGGAAAUGUGUCAGUGAUUAUGUUUGGGUUGUGGUUAAGCAGGUCUGUAAUGGGCAUGGAUCAGCCUUACCUGACCUUUGUAGGUUUCCAUGUUGAUGUACAGAGCUAACCUACAGUUAGUGCUGUCACAAUCGUAUUAGACUGCACCACAAAAUGUAACUGUACAGCCUUCCUGCAACAUCGCUACUGACAUCACUGGGUCAUAUUCAUCCACUUACUCUAUCAUGUGGGUCACACAUGGAUCAGACUUUUCUCUAUAUAAUAAAUGCUAACCAUUUGUGUUUUGUUUUUAGCUGAAAAGCUUUUUUUUUAAUUAAAGUAUUGCAGUAAUACUCUUAA